AUAAAAAAUAUUAUUAUUUUUUUUAUACAUUGCAAAUGUACAAUAUUAGAUACACUUGUGCAGGACAUGUUAAAAAUUUUAUGAUGGCCGCUAUGUUAAAGGAUAGAGGACAGUUUCCAUUUGAGGACAAAUGGCCAGCAAUGCGUCCAAUAAUAUUAAAGUUGUUAAAACAAGAAACAGUUACACAAGGUGAAUGGCAAGAUUUAUUUUAUGCUGUACAUUUAGUAUGUAUGUGGGAUGAAAUUGGUGCACCAAAAUUACGUGAUGCAUUAAAACAAGAUAUUAUGAAUUUUAUACAACAAGCACAACAACGUGUAUUACAACAUCAUGAAGAACAAGCAUUAUUAAAAUCAUAUAUUGCUGAAUGGAGAAAAUUUUUUACACAAUGUAAUUAUUUACCAACACCAUUUCGUCAAUUAGAAUCUUCAUUAGCUGGUAAAACAAAUAUAAAUGCACAAAAACGUAAUCAAUCUGAUGAAAGUAUUAUCAGAAAAUUAAUGUUAGAUAGUUGGAAUCAAAGUAUAUUUAAUGAUAUUAAAAAACGUUUACAAGAUUCAGCAAUGAGACUAGUUAGAGCUGAAAGAAAUGGUGAAGCAUUUGAUUCACAACUUGUUAUUGGUGUUAGAGAAUCAUAUGUUAAUUUAUGCUCAAAUCCAGCUGAUAAAUUACAAAUAUAUAGAGAAAAUUUUGAAGCAGCAUAUAUUGAAGCAACUGAAGAAUUUUAUUGGAUUAAAGCACCAGAAUAUUUACAAUUACAUGGUGUUGAAGAUUAUAUGAAAUAUGCUGAUAUUAAAUUACGUGAAGAAGAAUUACGAGCUAAAAAAUAUUUAGAACCAAAUAGUACAAGUGUACAAUUAUUAAUUGAUUGUUGUGUUAAAGUAUUAGUUGCAACAUUUAAAGUACCAAUACUUGCUGAAUGUUCAAGAAUGAUAAAUAGUCAUCAAACAGAAAAACUUCGAUUAAUGUUAAAAUUAAUGGAUCGUAUUAGUGAUGGUGUUGGACCAAUGUUAAUUGAUCUUGAAAAACAUAUAUCAAGUGCUGGUCUUGCUGAUAUGAUGGCUGCAAUUGAUGUUAUAACACAAGAUUCUGAAAAAUAUGUUGAAAGAUUAUUAGAUUUAUUUCGUCAAUUUUCAACACUUGUUAAACAAGCAUUUGAUGAUGAUCCACGUUUUUUAACAGCACGUGAUAAAGCAUAUAAACUUGUUGUUAAUGAUGCAACAGUAUUUAGACUUGAAUUACCAUCAAGACAAGGAUCUGGUGGACCAACAACAACAAUUGGUAAUACAAAAACAACAGUACCAACAUCAACACUAGCACCAACACCAAAUAGUAAUAAUAAUACAAAUACAAAUGGACAACCAGAAUCAAAAUGUCCAGAAUUAUUAGCAAAUUAUUGUGAUAUGUUACUUAGAAAAACUCCACUUAGUAAAAAAUUAACAUCAGAUGAAAUUGAAAGUAAAUUACGUGAUGUAUUAUUAGUAUUAAAAUACGUACAAAAUAAAGAUGUAUUUAUGCGUUAUCAUAAAGCACAUUUAACACGUAGAUUAAUAUUAGAUACAUCAGCUGAUUCAGAAAAAGAAGAAAAUAUGGUUGAAUGGUUACGUGAAGUUGGUAUGCCAGCAGAUUAUGUUAAUAAAUUAGCAAGAAUGUUUCAAGAUAUUAAAGUAUCACAAGAUCUUAAUCAACAAUUUAAAGAACAAUGUCGUGAAACAAUUGCUGAUAGUAUUAAUAUUAAAAUAUUAAAUGCUGGUGCAUGGGCACGUGGUAGUGAAAGAGUUACUGUUAGUUUACCAUUACAACUAGAAGAUUAUAUACCAGAAGUUGAAGAAUUUUAUAAAAAAAAACAUAGUGGUAGAAAAUUACAAUGGUAUCAUCAUAUGUCAAAUGGUACAAUAACAUUUACAAAUCAAGUUGGUAGAUUUGAUGUUGAUGUUACAACAUUUCAAAUGGCUGUUCUAUUUGCAUGGAAUCAACGUCCAUUUGAAAAAAUAUCAUAUGAAAAUUUACGUCUUGCAACUGAGCUACCAGAUCCAGAAUUACGUAGAACAUUAUGGUCACUUUGUGCAUUUCCAAAAUUAAGAAAACAAUUAAUACUUGUUGAACCACCAGCAAAUAGUCCAAAAGAUUUUGCUCAUGAUACACGUUGUUGGGUUAAUCAAGAUUUUGCUAUUGUUAAAAAUGGUAAAACACAAAAACGUGGUAGACUUAAUUUAAUUGGAAGAUUACAAUUAUCAACUGAGAGAAGUAAAGAAGAGGAUAAUCAGUGUAUUGUACAGCUAAGAAUUUUAAGAGUUCAGGAGGCCAUAAUAAAAAUAUUAAAAAUGCGAAAAAAAAUUAACAAUGCACAAUUACAAACUGAAUUAGUUGAUAUAUUAAAAAAUAUGUUUUUACCAAGUAAAAAAAUGAUUAAAGAACAAAUUGAAUGGUUGAUUGAACAUAAAUACAUUCGUCGACAUGAUGAUGAUAUCAAUACAUUUGUCUACAUGGCGUAACAAAAAGAAAUUUAUCAAUUCAAAUUAUUAUUUUUAUUUUUUUUUUUUCAAUCUAUCAAGCAGUUAUAUUUAUAUAUUUUUGUAAUAAUUAUUCAUAACAAUGGUUGUAUUUAAUUAUGAAUUUAAUUUUUUUAUUUCAAAAAAGAAACAAUUUUUGUUUUUUAUUUUUUAAACUGAAAUAAUAAUUUAAUAUUAAAUUAUUGGUUUUUUUUAUUUUUCUUUUUUUUAAAUAUAAACUAGUAGCAAAUGUAAUUAAUAUUUUGAAAAUAAAUAAAUAAUUAUUUUGUGAAUUUAAGUAGAAAUUAAAUAACAUUUGUUAAUUAAAUUAAUUUUUUUUAACAAUAGAUUAUUUCGAUUUUUAAAAAAUGUAAGAAGCCUGAAUAAAAUAAUAAUAAAAA